AUGUCAGCAUUGGCUGCUGCUAAUGCAAUAUCAGACCUAUCAAAAGAAAUAGUUGCAGAACAGAAAAUAAUAGGAAAUCGCUCACAGAUCGGAAAGAAAGAAACAAGCUCAUCAUUAUGGGACAGACAUGAAGAUAUGCUCUUGAAGAAUAUGUCUAAUGCCUAUGAAGUUUUUGGUAGAGGUUUUGGUACAAUGCCUGCUGAAUCAGAACAGUAUUUAGAUCAACCAAAUAUUUCAAGAUCAUCAAGUGCACUAAAAUUUUGGAUUGAUAGUAGAUAUUUCACUCCUGUGCUAUCAGAAAUAGCUGUUAAAUAUUUGAUUUCUUCUGCUACAUCUGUAGCAUCUUAA